ACGCUGUCCUCAAAACCUCCAGCGGCAUUGAACGCAUCGGUCUGUGUAUGCUGAGCCGACAGGGAGGAGGAGGUGGGAUCUAGCUACUGGUGGUAGUGGGCUAACAGACGUUUACCGUGCAGAUUGUCAACCACGAUUCCCAUUACCAACGACUGGGGCUUUUUUUAAAUUUUAUUAUAGGGAAAUCACGACGAGUAAGCCCAUCUCGGGAUCCCCCCCCUCCCUGACAACGACAUACAUUCAUCCACCGCUGCCUGCGGCUUUAUUUAUUUAUCGGUUUGUUUGUGUUUUUUUUCUACCACAACCGCCAACCAUCGUCAAUAUCUCAGGGUGUGUGAUGAGGUCGCCCAGCAGCACUGGUUUGCUUAUGUUAAGAUAAGGCGUUUUUUUGUUUUGUUUUUUUUCUUAACAAAGUCUUUCAGUUUUGGGUCGCUUCUUUUUUAAAAAAAAAAGAAAAGAAAAAGAAAAGCCUUCCAGCGGAGUGUGUGAAGAAAUACACAACAGGAGCUACUACUACUACUACCAAAUAUCCAUGAGCUCCGAUUUCCCGCACUACAAUUCCAGGAUGCCAAAUAUAGGGUUCCAGAACCUUCCCCUUAACAUCUACAUUGUGGUGUUUGGGACAGCCAUCUUUGUCUUCAUCCUCAGCCUCCUCUUCUGCUGCUACUUAAUAAGGUUACGGCAUCAGGCGCACAAAGAGCUAUAUGCAUACAAACAAGUCAUUCAAAAGGAAAAAGUCAAAGAGCUAAAUUUGCAUGAGAUAUGUGCCGUGUGCUUGGAGGAGUUUAAACAGAAAGACGAGCUGGGGAUUUGUCCAUGCAAACAUGCCUUUCAUAGGAAGUGCCUCAUUAAGUGGUUGGAGGUGAGGAAAGUGUGCCCGCUGUGCAACAUGCCUGUCUUGCAGCUCGCCCAGCAGGCUGGCAGCACGGAUCCCCCUGUGCCAAUACAGCAGCCUCUGCCCGGGAUCGAGAACCUGGUGUAGCGGGCUCAAACCCUCUCUCACAGUACACUACAGUCACACAUCCCAUCACUCAUACUCUCACCUGUACAGGUACACUUUGGUAUGAGUCUGUGGACAGACCGGAGAAACUGGAGUUACUGCGCAGAUACUCAUAAAAAAAAACGCAAAUCUGCACCUCUCUUAUCCAUGCAUUGGUUCACAAAAAGGAUUUCCUGAUAUCAGUUCUGACUGAUAAUCAACUGUUUUCAUGUUUUUCUUUUCGCGGACAAUGAAGAAGAGUUGAUGUAGAAGAAGUUUUGUUCUUGGCCAAGACGUGGUCGAUAACUUUUUCACAACCAAAGCACUUUUUCUGGGGACACCAGCUAAAGACCAGGAGAAAAAAAAAAAAAAAAAAAAAAGCCAAGAACUACAAUACACUAAAAUAUAAAUUGUUUUGUUUUUUAACAAGCACUUUACGAGAAGUCGAACUUUAAUUGCUUGUGAUCGUAGUAGCAAGGUCAUGUUUUAUAUUUUAUCAUUAACUAUUAUUUCUAUGUACAGUACAAAGCAAAUGGGUUUUCAUUUUUAAUUAGUAAACUUUGAUUUCUAAACAAAAAAAAAAGUAUCUCAAAGGGACAACAAUACCUAUGUUGGUAGAUGUCAGGAAAUUUGGACAAUGCACACACACACACACACACAAGAAAUUAAGCUCAAAGCAACCUCGAGACUUUAUGUCUGACUAAAUGUGAAAGGUUUGAAUGUGUUGAAACCCAGAAUCUUUCACACUAAGCCUAUAGAAUUUGUUCCCUCAUCAUCUGUUUGUCAUUCAUUACAAUGUGACUGUUGUUAAUAUAUUUUAUUAUUAUUCUGUCAGUACAGGAAGUUGAUAGUGAACAAAUUAUAUUUUCAUUAAAGGAAUUUACCAGGUAACAUCCUAUAUAUAUAUAUAUACACGAGUGCUGUUAGACAAGCGCAGGCUAUAUAUAUAUUACCCCAAACAUUAAACAAUUCAGGAUCUCUCCAACAGAAAAUCCGACUAACUACUUCAACUACUGUGAUUAUCUAAACCAGUAUUAGUGUAUAUAAACUGGUGCUUUAUUUAUGGAGCUGUUUUACAGAACAAACACCAGUAACAAGGCAAUAUUAAACAAAAGAUCUACAAUAUGUAACAUAAAUGUUCCAGUUUUAUUUUGCUCUCCUGCUGCAUCAUUUUAUUUUAUUGAAGCCGAGCUGUGUGAAUGUUACAGUGGCUUGCUUCACAACACAAAGCAACAACAGUCAUGGUGAUUUAUCUUAAACUAGCGUCACAUAUCCUGCUAGAAAAUGAUUGAUAAUUCAGUAUAGUAGGAUACCAGGAUGAAGCAGUUCCAGUUAUUUUUAGUAUUUUUUGUACCCCAAUAGAUAAUUUGUAUUUAUUUUUUAAUUUAUUAUAAUUUCUUGGUACAGCUGCAUUGAUCAAACAAGUUAGCGGACUGACACCUGCAUCAGAAUCACUGCCCUCAUCAUAUCAUCAACAUAUCUUUGCUCAAGAUACACAUUACUUUGUAAAACACACACGCAUGCACCCAGGGAGGGGCUUGAGCCCCCGGCCUGGACUGCCAGAGAGUCAGUGGUCAGCAGGUUGUAAUGAAGCAGCAUUUUCAUUCACACACAUACACACACACACACACAUACAUACAGACAGGGUUACUGCUUUUUGACAGCAGUAUUCUGGUGCUUUCGCCUCUCUCCCCCUUUCUGUACGGUACAGGGGUGCUUUUUGUUUUGUGCCACACAUACAGUAACUCCGAGCCCUGCCGGCUUUUGUGGUCAUUUUUUUUGUCCUCGUCCCUUGUUAGCUGCAUUUGGUGAAUGUGUUGUGGGUAAAUGUGCUGAUCUCAAAUGGUGGCUUAAAAAAAGCUGUGCUUCAGAGUAAAAUAAGAUGGUGAUUGUCUUUCACCUUGGAUAUUGUCAAAUGAUAAUCAGACAAUUAUCUUUAAAGGUGCAAUUCAUGAUCCAAAUAUACACAAUUAGACAACAUUUAAAUCAGAUUUUACAAUGUGUCAUUGGCUGUAAAAAGCUUCUUCACAUGUUUAAUGUUUUGCUGAUGGAAAAAUAAACUAAACAGGCAUAUAUUUUGAAUUCUAAUUAAGAAACAAAAUCCAUUUUCCAACAAACUCAAAUAAAAAAAAUUAGAACAAAAAAUACUGAUUAUGUUUUUAAAAACACAUUUCCAAUUUGACUAAAUUCACCACAGACUGUCAUGGGCAUGGAGUUACACAGUUCCCAACACAUGGGUGGUUUUUAAAAAGUGGCAAUGCAUUUAACCUUCUAUAACUGGAAAGCAUUGUUAUUCUGAUCUCUAUGGUUUGAACGUUUCAUCUCGUUUGAAUGUCUGCCCACACCCCACAGGUGUGACCUUUGUGGUUGGGUCAGAGCACGCAGCAAGGUGAAAAUGUCAGCAGUUAGAUGAGUGCAAAAGCAGGCUUUCUCUAUCCAGUGUGUAGCCCAUUAGUCAGUUGUUCCAUGCACUUAAUAAAGUCCAGUCCUCUGACAUUAAUGCAGCACUAUGUCACCACUAAUGAGAAACUAAUAACAUUUUUAAAAUGUCUCAAUCUCAAUGUUGUCCACAUUAGCCUUAAUUGAACAAAAAAUGCCACAAUUAGAAAAACAAACAAGGGCUGUGUUAAUUGGUAAUCUUACAGCCUCUUCAGUCUACAGUUUAUCAAUAAUUUUUAUUGCCUGGCCUGUCAGUAAAGAGGUUGUGGUUUUACGUUGAGGAAAAGAUGCAACAUAACUUCUUCAGUAUGUUGUGUGAUGUACAGUAUUUGGUACCUUUUUGCUUCUUUGGUUCUGAAGAGGCUGCGAUUGUUUCAUUGAACUUGUAUCUUACUGCAAAUGCUACAGUAUGAGAACCAACUUUUCCUUCAUAGCAUUAUCCCCAAAACUUCACUACAUAAACUAUACCACGGCUAGUACUUCUGCCACUGUCCCAGACAGACGACAUAUUUUGUAGCUCAGCGCUAAUAACAUAUUAAGUCUUAAAGCUUUGUUCCUGCUAACGGUGUCGUCUCAGAAUGUAAGGUUUACGAGAGGCAGCAAAGAAUAUGAUGAGAUUUAAUGUGAAAGCAUGCUAUUUUGCAUAGUGAAGUUGCCACUGAUAUCACAAAUGUUAAAUGUAUGUAGACAGUAGUAUCAGUAGUGUUGUAUUUAUACAUAAGGUGCACAAAUAAUGCUCCUGAAUAUAAACUAAAUGGCAGCUGAACACUUCUGCCAUUUGGCCAUCUUAAGUGUUGUGUUCGAUUGUAAACACUUUUAGCCUUUCCACCUGAACUUUCCCGUUUCCUUCCUGUGUGCCGUCCUAUUCCCACUGAAAACAAAGUGCCAACCCAAAAUGAGCUGUUGAGUCAAAGUGUCAGCCAAUCAGAAAGAAGUUCCUACAUUAAGAAAAGAAAAUACAUGGGUGUGAGUCUCUUGUCAGUUUAUGGCCAAAAAAUAAUGGAAACUGAGCCAGUCAUGAAUAUAUAAAUAAAUAGCUUCCUGCCAUUUAAAUCACCAUUGCCGUCAGUGCUGCUUCUGAGUAACUCCAUUAUAAAUACACAAGACACAAUCUUAGAUGAAAUAUGAGUCAGAUGAUGAUGUCAGAAACACCUUUUAACAUAAAAAAAUGAGUAGAAAGCAUCUGAAUGAUGGCAACAGAAUACCAUUUAAGUGAUGGUCCCCUCAGUGUUCUGGCAGAAUAUGACUGUUUUAUUAAAAAAACUAAAAUAGAAAAAUGUAGUACACACUUCCUCUGUAGAAGAGGGUUUCAUCAUAUUUCCAUGGUUGGUUUUAGCGACCAGACCAUUUAGGAUUUUUAAUCUCUAUCACUGCCUCCCCUAAAGUAAACUAUCUUCUUGUCUGUAUGGUGUGUUAUUUAUUCCUCUGUAGCUCUCGUAAUGCCCUCCCAACUCACACAUCACUCCCCUCCCACCUUUACCAGUGUACAUGAACACCCUCCCCCAUCUACACACCCCUUUUUGUUAACACUGAUUAUGUUUGUGGACUCUCACAGACAUUGUAAAACUAAGAAUUCUGCAGCAGAAUAUUUUUGGAGACAAUUGCUGUACAGUAUUUGUAAGCUCUAUUUUUGUAUAUUGCUAUUUUGGAGAAAAUAAUAUGCAUUUUUUUUUUCUUUUCUUGUUUUUGCUAAUUUCAUGUUUAUUCAUUUUAAGAAAAUAUUGCAUGUGACUGACUUGAACUGUAAAUAAAAUUUCCAAGUUUUGGAAAAGAA